AUGCGUGCAGGUACACAGACUCUCAUACAAGCCCUGCAAGCUCUCCCCUGGACGAAGGAUCCUGAUAAUGAUGAUGACUUUGUGAAUCACAACAAUUUGACGCCUGCUACGGACUCGGACAGUGAAGACGGCGACAAAUCCAGUGAACCUCCCGCGCACUUGGCCUCUUCAAUACACACUAUAUAUCGCCCGUUAGCUCGCUCCCGCAAGUAUAGUAUCGGACCAAGCCAGCUGCAACGUCGAUCGACGCUUCCCGAUCACUCUCCCUCCAGCGAGGAGGAGCAGUCCUUGAGCGAGUCAUCGGCCCCGUCGGACGAAGAAAGCGUCGACGAGGCUGACGAUUUUGAGGAGGCAACACCAAGAAUGCCUGGCGUGGAAGAACCUGCAGCGCUGACUCCCAUCAUCUCGCCUUCCGUAAGGCAAAGAUUGACUGCUGAAAGCCUGGAUCAGUUGGGAAUGGUGCGUACCGGUAGUAUGGCUACGGUUCGCUUCCAGAGAAGAGCCAUGUUGGCGGAGAAAUUGAGGGAGGUCUUUGAACUUGAAGGCAUCGAGGAAGUCCGAGCCGAGAUGCCUUGCUGGUUGCUCCGGUCUAUUUUACUCCAAGGUUACAUGUACUUGACGAACGCGUACCUUUGCUUCUUCGCACACAUGCCCUCCAAAGAAGAUCAAGUUCUGAAAUCAGGGUCGUUAACAAAGAAGGCACAGCGUACCAAACGUUGGAUUAAGCAUUGGUUUGUGUUAAAGAAUGACGCCUUGAGCUGGUACCAAUCUUCAUCUGAUCCUUAUUUUCCUCACGGGAUAGUGGAUUUACGCUAUGCUAUUUCCUGCGAGCCUGUUCGCGAGAAAGAAUUCCGCGUACGAACAAACCAGAAGACCAUUCUUCUGUACGCAGAUUCCGUUCCAAGCAGAGAAGAGUGGGUGAAGGCUAUAAGGAAGGUCAUCUUCAAGGCACAGAACAUGGGCGAUAGCAUUGCCAUCCCAUAUUCUGCGAUCCUUGAUGUCGACAUAUCAUCUGCCAUGGAUUUCAGCGAAACAAUUGAGAUCAAAGUAUUUGAUAAAGACUCCUCGGAACAGCCUGUGGACUCCUAUUUUUUCGCGUAUUUUCAUGAUCUGCCGUCUGCUUUGGAACAAAUCCGUACUGCAGCGCGCGCGCACCGUGAACUUGAGGAGGGAAAGGCACAGUCGCUGAAAGGCGUCCUGGAUACAACGACAACCCGUCAGCCAGGUGCCGCAGUUAUAGAUCGAGUCGCUAGUAUGCCAACUGAGGGGAGCAAGGACAAGGCCACUGGGUCCGGUUUUAGAAUAUCCUCAUUUUUACGCCCUUUCCAAGAUUCUACGUCGCGUUCUUCAACAACACCUCCUGAAGUGAUACCAGACAUCAUGGAAGAGUUCACACACAUUUCUCGCAGAACGAAUUCGUCCUCGUUUGUUCCUGUCACUUCCACGGGGUCACCCAGUAAACAACUAGAUCCCUCCCGUAUAGCUAAUAAUAGCCCAGAAGCUUCCACAGACCUGACGCCCACGCCUUCAAAUAUCGGGAUUAAUCACACGUAUCCACCUUCCACUUCGUUGUCCUCUUCUAUUGAGCCUGAUAAUUCUUCGUUGAUCCUUAGAGAGACCAACGGAAGCAGCAACGUUAACACUUGGAGUGUUAGCAUCCCCGGUUGGUUGAAAGUCGGGCGACCGAGUCGUUUCUUUGCAUCUAAUGAAUCAUCAUCCAUGACCUCAAGUCCUCCUGUGGCGGUAAAAGAAAUGUACUCCUCGACAAGCAGUAGCAUCUUAGGAAGCAGGUGGAGCGGCGCUGGUGAUCUGGCCUUCAGCGUUCUCGACACGCCUAUUAACAAUAUCGACAACGAAGUCGUUGAGAAAUUUCGCGCCUCUUUUGCCUACGAUGAGAAAGAGACGUUACUCGGAUAUUUCCCGGGCUAUAUAUUUCGACUCUUGCCCGUUUUUGGACGGCUCUACAUUUCAACCAAUUACUUCUGCUUCAAAUCUACGGGUCCGCUGACUUCUCGUACCAGGAUGGCACUUCCAAUCAGAGACAUCUUGUCAACAGAAAAGUCGAAAGCUACUAGGUUUGGCCACCAUGGGCUCAUAAUCAUUGUAAGGGGACAUGAAGAGCUCUUUUUUGAGUUCGGUGCCGAAGACAAACGAGACGCUUUUGUAAAGCUACUGGAACAGCAGAUGGACGAUGUUCGAAGACGUCUUGCGGCUGGCGAAAUGUCCGUUCCUACGACUGGCAAACGGGACGCACUUAUACUAGAGGAAUUUGAAGCCAGAUCGUCUCGAAGCAGUCCUGAAUCUGAUCCAGUGCCCACUACGGAGAAUCUGACUGAUUCUCUACCCGCCGUCAUGUUUACUUCCGCUUCUUCGACGUUCUUGACAUUCAAACCACAGAAAAGCCUGCACUUUACGUUCCUCACCAUUGGAUCCCGAGGGGACGUUCAGCCUUAUAUCGCAUUGGCUAAGGGCCUCAAAGCCGACGGACAUCGGGUCCGCAUAGCGACACAUCGCGAGUUUAAGGAUUGGAUAGAGUCGGCGAGUGGAUUUAUCUCAUUCCAUGGUAUCGAGUUUGGCUACGUUGGGGGUGAUCCUGCAGAGUUAAUGCGAAUCUGCGUGGAGAAUGGCAUGUUUACUUUGUCCUUCAUGAAGGAGGGCUUGCAAAAGUUCCGAGGAUGGCUGGACGAUCUAUUGAAGACGUCUUGGGAAGCCUGUCAAGGCACGGAUGUCCUAAUAGAAAGUCCGAGCGCUAUGGGAGGCUUGCACAUCGCUGAAGCGCUUGCAAUUCCUUACUUUAGGGCAUUCACCAUGACUUGGACCCGUACAAGGGCAUAUCCCCAUGCUUUUGCUGUGCCUGAACGAAAGAUGGGAGGCGGUUACAAUUAUAUGUCCUAUGUCAUGUUCGAUCAGGUCUUCUGGCGGGCGACGUCCGGACAAAUCAACCGUUGGCGAAGAAACGUAUUACAUCUCAGUGGCACAAGUCUCGAUAAGAUGGAGCCUCAUAAAAUACCUUUCCUCUACAAUUUUUCCCCGCACGUGGUGCCGCCACCCCUCGACUGGCCGGAAUGGAUUCGCGUGACAGGGUACUGGUUCCUCGAUGAUGCCGACGUUAGCGCCAAGAAAUGGGUUCCUCCUGAAGAUCUAGUUGUUUUCAUUGAUAACGCGCAUAAACUUGGCAAGAAGGUUGUAUACAUCGGCUUCGGCAGCAUUGUGGUAUCCGACCCCAGGGCGAUGACCCGAUGCGUCAUUGAGGCCGUUGUUCAAAGUGGAGUCCAUGCUAUCCUGUCGAAGGGAUGGUCGGACCGUUUGCACGUAAAGUCUGCAGACGCCUCUGAUCUCGAAGAGCCACUACCCAAGCAGAUUUACUCCAUUGCGUCCAUCCCUCAUGAUUGGCUUUUCCAGCGCAUAGAUGCUGCAUGUCAUCAUGGAGGUGCCGGCACAACUGGUGCAAGCCUUCGUGCCGGUCUUCCAACAAUUAUCAAGCCUUUCUUUGGGGAUCAAUUUUUCUGGGCCGACCGUGUCGAAGCAUUAGGAGUCGGCUCAAGUGUCAGAAAACUGACAGUAGAAACCUUAAGGGAUGCCCUUGUCCUUGCCACAACAGAUCAGAAACAGAUAGAUCGAGCUAGAUUACUUGGAGAGCAAAUCAAAGCGGAGGAUGGUGUUGCCACAGCCAUAGAAUCUAUCUAUCGUGAUCUUGAAUACGCUCGCUCGCUGAUGAAGCGAAGUCCUCCCGACAUCGAUGAAGACGAUGAAGAGAUAGAUCCUGAACACGUCACCAUUCGUCGUUAUCGCCGUAAUUCUCUGCCUGUAGAUCCUUCAUCUGGAUACAGUUCAAGCGGAUCUGCUCGAGGCGGUGCUCCUAGUGAAGAUUGGAGCGUCAUUUCAGAACAAGACGAGCGAAGAUCUUCUUUUGGUUCUCGAAUCAGCGAUGGGAAAUCGACCAUCGAGCGUUCUAAUACUAAACGUAACAGUCUAGCGGCCGCCGUAUUGUCAGUUUUACCCGACUCGUUGACGUCCUCUCCACGUCGUCGUACUAUAUCAGCUAGCUCC